GAGACGGGGAUUUUAUUCCAACUCCCCUAUGCGGCAGUGCCUUAGGUUAAAUUCCCUUCUCGUCAUCCUCUCCAUCUGGAACCUGCCGACUGCUUCAAUGCUUAAAACCUGAACAAAGCCCCUUAUGGGAAGCUAGGGCAUGCCACUGCUUUCUUCAUUUCAUUUCGUAGUAAUUUUAACUUUUUCGUGGAGUUUGGGUUUCCUUCGUGCUUUUGCUUUGUAGCUGAAGCUCAAGAUGAAUAAUUUGAAGUUGUUUUGGGACCUAUCAUUGAAUUUCCAGUUACGGUCGAAGGACGAAUCUCUUCUGUUCUCUGCCUUCGAUAUCGAACAAAAUCGCAUUUUCUUUGCUUCUUCGGCCAAUUAUAUAUACACCACUCAACUUCCGUCCUCACAAAAAGAGAGAACAUGGAGUACAACCUCUUUACCUGUGGAAGUAGAGCUUCUUGAUUUAGAACCUGAAGACUCCAUUACUUCCUUGGAUUAUCUUAUGGAGAAAGAAGCUCUAAUAGUUGGAACUUCUAAUGGACACCUAUUGCUGCAUACUGGAAAUGAUAGUCUGACCGAACUGGUUGGUAGAGUGGAGGGUGGUGUUAAGUGCAUUUCACCUAGCCCGGAUGGAGAUCUCCUGGGCAUUAUAACCGGGUUUGGGCAGAUACUGGUAAUGACUCCUGAUUGGGAUUUGCUGUAUGAAACUGCUCUUGAGGAUCUUCCUGAAGAAGCUGACGUGAAUCAACUUGUUCCGCCCAAUAAUUCAUUUGAGACUUCCAUUUCUUGGCGAGGUGAUGGUAAGUAUUUUGCCACACUUAGCGGGGUGAGCAACCAUUCUUCCAUGCACAAAAAACUCAAGGUUUGGGAGCGAGAUUCCGGGGUAUUGCAUGCUGCUUCGGACUCAAAAAUUUUCAUGGGCAAUGCUUUUGAUUGGAUGCCCAGUGGAGCAAAAAUUGCUGCUGUUUAUGACAGGAAAACUGAGAACAAGUCCCCAUUAGUAGUUUUCUUUGAAAGGAAUGGCUUAGAAAGAAGCUCUUUUAGCAUAAAUGAAUCUACAGCAGCAACAAUUGAAAUUCUGAAGUGGAAUUGCAAUUCAGAUCUUCUUGCAGCUGUUUCUAGAUGUGACAAAUAUGAUUCUGUUAUGAUAUGGCUCUUCAGCAACAACCACUGGUACUUGAAACAAGAAAUUAGAUACUCAAAGGAUGAUGGGGUGAGAUUCAUGUGGGAUCCAACAAAGCCAUUGCAGUUGAUUUGUUGGACUGUUGGUGGCCACAUCACAAUCUACAACUUUGUCUGGGUUUCAGCUGUCAUGGAGAACUCAACGGCAUUAGUAAUUGACAGCUCCCAGAUACUAGUAACACCGCUUUCCUUAUCCCUAAUGCCACCUCCUAUGUAUAUAUUUAGCCUGAAAUUUUCAAGUGCCAUUCGGUGCAUUGCUUUCUGUACGGAGAAUUCCAAGAACCGUUUGGCAGCAUAUUUGUCAAAUGGUUGUCUGUCUGUUGUAGAGCUUCCUCCACAUGAUACCUGGGAAGAGCUGGAAGGCAAAGAAUUCAGUGUUGAAACAUGCUAUUCUGAAGUGGCAUUUCGGUCUUUUACACAUAUUUCUUGGUUGGAUCCACAUAUACUUCUUGGUUUUUCUCAGUGUGGGUCAAGUCAUAGUAAUUAUUUAUCAAAAAUCUCAUCCUGUAAGGAAGGGUCUGGUGGCUAUUAUUUGCAGGAAAUCGAGUUCAUGUGUUCUGAGGAUUAUGUGCCUGGGUUGCCAACAUGCUCAGGUUGGGAUGCAAAAAUUUCAUAUCAAAUCUCUUUAGAAGAAUUAGUGAUUGGCAUUGCUUCCAACCCUGCUAAAAGAUAUUCAGCAUUCAUUCAGCUUGAUGGUGGAAAAAUUGUUGAAUAUUCAUCAAAGCUGGGCAUAUCAGUGGGAUCUCCUGGCCCAAAUCUUAGGAAAUGUGAUGAUAUGGGUUUCUCAUCAUUGUGCCCCUGGAUGAGUGCCGUUUCUGUUAGUGACAAUGGACCAUUGAAGCCUUUGCUUUUUGGGCUUGAUGAUGUUAGUAGGCUGCACGUAAAUGGGAGGACAUUAUGUAACAACUGUAGCAGUUUCUCACUUUACUCAAAUUCUGAUGACCAGGUGAUCACACAUUUGAUUCUUGCAACCAAACAGGAUUUACUCUUUAUUGUGGAUGUUAUUGAUAUUUUACAUGGACAUCUAGAGGGAUACGGGAACUUUAUCCAUGCUGUUAACAAGAGAAGAGAAGAAGAAAAUAAAAAGUUUAUAAAUAUAUGGGAAAGAGGUGCCAAAAUUGUUGGUGUCCUGCAUGGAGAUGAGGCUUCUGUUAUAAUACAAACAAGUAGGGGAAACCUGGAAUGCAUCUAUCCUAGAAAACUAGUCUUGGCCUCAAUUGUCAAUGCUUUGGUCCAAGGACGCUUCAAUGAUGCAUUACUCAUGGUCAGGAGGCAUAGAAUAGAUUUCAACAUAAUUGUUGACCAUUAUGGUUGGAAAGCGUUUCUCCAAUCAGCUUCAGAGUUCGUUAAGCAAGUAAACAAUCUGAGCUACAUCACAGAGUUUGUUUGUUCCAUAAAGAAUGAAAAUGUUGCAGAGACACUGUACAAAAAUUACAUAUCACCCCCUUGCCCAAGGGAAGCCCAUUUAGUGGAUUCUGAUGCUGAUAACAAGGUUUCUUCAAUCCUGCUUGCCAUAAGGAAGGCUCUUGAGGAGCAACUAUUGGAAAGUCCUGCAAGAGAACUUUGCAUACUGACCACUCUAGCUCGAAGCAGUCCUCCAGCACUUGAAGAAGCUUUGGAGAGAGUAAAAGUUAUUCGAGAUAUGGAACUAUUAGGUUCUGAUGAACCAAGGAGAACCUCUUAUCCUUCUGCUGAAGAAGCCUUGAAGCAUCUCUUGUGGUUAUCUGAUGCUGAAGGUGUUUAUGAAUCUGCUCUAGGCCUUUAUGAUUUGAACCUUGCUGCUAUUGUGGCAUUGAACUCUCAGAGAGACCCAAAGGAAUUUCUUCCUUUUCUGCAGGAGCUGGAACGUAUGCCACCUGUCUUAAUGCGCUACAAUGUUGAUCUUAGGCUACGCAGGUAUGAGAGUGCUCUCAAAAACAUUGCUUCUGCAGGAGAUGCUUAUUAUGCAGAUUGUUUGAGUCUCAUGGAGGAUAAUCCUCAGCUAUUUCCACUUGGACUUCAACUAUUCACUGAUCCUGCCAAGAGGAGGCAAGUCCUUGAGGCCUGGGGAGACCAUCUUAGUGGUGAGAAAUGCUUUGAGGAUGCUGCUACAACUUAUUUGUCCUGCUUCUGUUUGGGAAAGGCUUUGAAGGCAUAUCGUGCUUGUGGUCAUUGGAGUGGGGUGCUGACAGUUGCUGGUCUUCUUAAAUUGGGAAAAGAAGAGAUUCUGCAACUGGCACAUGAGCUAUGUGAAGAAGUCCAAGCACUUGGUAAACCAGCAGAAGCUGCCAAAAUUGCGUUAGAUUACUGUGGUGAUUGUAACAAUGGGAUCGGCUUAUUGAUCAGUGCAAGGGAUUGGGAGGAAGCUCUUAGGGUAGGGUUUUUGAAUAGGAAGGAUGAAUUAAUCUCGGAAGUGAAGAAUGCAUCUCUAGAAUGUGCAGGCCUGCUGCUUGGUGAAUAUGCGGAAGGAUUGGAGAAAGUAGGAAAAUACUUAACCCGGUAUUUAGCUGUUCGACAGAGAAGAUUACUACUUGCAGCAAAAGUUCAAUCAGAUAACCAGUCAAUAAAUGAUCUUGAUGAUGAUACUGCUUCAGAAACUAGCAGUAAUUUCAGUGGAAUGAGUGCUUACACCUUGGGGACAAGGAAGAGUUCUGCUACUUCUGUCAACUCAAGGACUGCUAGCAAGGCCAGAGACACGAGGCGUCAGAGAAACAGGGGGAAAAUCCGUGCUGGCAGCCCUGGCGAGGAGUUGGCACUGGUGGAGCAUUUGAAGGGCAUGUCCCUAACUACUGGAGCCAGAAGUGAGCUCAAAUCUCUAUUGACUGCACUUCUGAUGCUUGGUGAGGAGGAAAUUGCCAGGAAGCUGCAACGUGCAGGAGAGAGCUUUCAGCUGUCUCAAAUGGCAGCAGUCAAACUAGCUGAAGAGAUGGUGUCCACUGACAACAUUGAUGAGCAUGCACAUACUUUGGAGCAUUACAUACAAAAAGUAAGAAGUGAGCCACAAAAUGCGGAUGCCUUCUUUUGGCGGUCUAAAGUGUUGCUCUCUCCUUAACAGUCGCAGUUCGGUACAAAUCAGUGGAUCGGCUGUUGCUGCAUUUGUCACUGCUGACGGGAGAAUAGAUGCUCAAGAAUGAAAAGGAAGAGACGCAGAAAAAGAAAGCGAGUAGACAUUUGUAAGACUACUUUGAUCAGGUGCUUGAAUGUGUUAGCUGUGAUUAUGGAGAUGCUGAGCAGAAGUUUUUUUAAAAAAAAAAAUCUUAUUAUUGUUGUUAUUAUUUUAAAUUUCUCCAAUAUUUCAUUUUUAACAUGAUGAAAAUUUGUAGCAGUGUAAUUCAUUUUCAGGGGCGGGCAUCACCAGAACUCCAAAUGAGUAAAUCAUGUGUUGCCAUCUUGCUCUGGAUGCGUUGAAUGGUGUAUACAGAUGCUAUAGAGAAGUUUUUUUUUUUUUU